AUGGAUGCUGUAAUUUUUAACAAUCAUCUAUUUUGUUUGUUGCAGGCACUAAUUUUGGCAGUAAAUGAAACAGUUGAAGAAGACAUCCGAGAUGCUUUGAAAUCCCAGACUGAAAACCAACUAGCGCUAGUGCCGCGAGGCCCCAAGCUUGUCAAAGAUACUAUCGCGUACAAUACCACCAUCACAACUGAUGACACGGAGGAACUGCGGGCUUUGCGGCCAGAUGGCACGAUAGUCACCGAGACACGACACACGAAGGAACAAGAACGACUUUGCGACGAGGAAUUAGCUAAGGACGAAGCGAAGUCCCUGCCAAGCGACGAGAGCGUGGUAGAAGAGACCGGUGGGACAGAGAGGCGGAAGCGAGUGGAUCUAGAGAAGAGCACUGAUCUGAUGGCGGGUGGCCUCAGGGUUGCUACGCACGUUAAUUCACGUUCUCGCACCGAAGAAGUUGAGAGAGAAGGCCAACCAAACAUGGAUGAUGACUGGGACAGUUUAUCAGUAAGAAUGCGACAACAGCGUCGCCUCCGGCAGAACGAUCACGACAAAGACUAUAAACGCCCUGUCGACUACGAUAUAGAAGAGGAAACACGCAAGAAAGAAACGUCAAAGUGGCUUGAAAAUCAUUUUGGAAGCGAGUCCCGCUCUUCACACGACUCUAUCGCCGAAGAAAUCGGACGACGACCCGAGACCGGCUUCUACACAAAGAAUAAACCUGAAGACGAAGGAUACUACGGAAAGACUACAUCCGUUCCACCACCACCUGUUUAUGGAGAUAGAGUGUUGCGCAAAACAAAAUCGUCUACGCCUUCAGACGAACGACCUGCAGCACCUGUUAAUAGGACAGGUGGCUAUUUCAAAGGUGUUGCGGACUGGUCACAGAGACGAGCCAGCAAGCCAAGAAUGCCUGAGCCACGUAGCUCAUCGCCAUCUCCUCCAACCGUACGUUCUCCAUAUGCCAGUGAUGACCGACUAAACGGCUCUUCACCUAGACAUGUGUACGGGAAGCGUGAUUCGCCGCAGGGGAGGUCAUCGCCUAUCGGCCGCCGCCAUCCGCCCUCACGCGACGACUCCGCCUACGUCUCAUCGUCGACAAUGCAUAGUCCGCCACGUGGCUCUCCCUUCCGACCACUCGAAGCCGAUCGAGUUUAUCGCGAACCCUCUGUUGAGGACGAUUACCGGCCUAUUGCGCCGGAACGAAAACGACAAUCAAAACAAAGACUGUCAGAAGAGCAUCGCUAUGACAGUGGCUACAGAAGUUCAUCUCGGAAUGAAAACUCGGGGAGAUCACGUGACAGUCGUGAGGAAGGAGCAUUAGAGCCACCACCAGAUUAUUCUCCUCCUAGGGAACGGCGGGAAAGUUCUGACAGGGAUCGCACGCCACCACGCCGAAGGGAUCGAGAGGAGCGUAAACAAAAUCAAAAGACUCGGUUUGCUGAUAAUGGUCGUCGACCGUCACCUGCACGUAAAUCUGUUGGGUCGGCCAUCGGGAACUCUAUUCGAAAGCUCGUCGGAAAGAUUCGCUCAGCUUCCGCGGAACGUCGGGGUAGGUGCCGCAGUUCUCGCACACCUUCACCAGAGCACUCGUCACGUACGUACAAGCCGUAUGGUGGCGAACUGGCGCCCCCCGUCGCACCACCGCACCGCUACUACCUUGGAGAGGAUCCGUUCGCGCCUAGCAUCUACGGUCGAGAGCAUAAAUACGAGGGCAGUUCGAGACGAGCCGCCGUUACCGAUGCCCGCGACCACCGCGAAAGGGGUCAAUUUUCGAGCACGUUGGGUCGAUUCAGUCACUCAACAAGUCGACUGAAUCCGAACAGCGAGCCGGAAGAAGAAUACGCUCGUAGCGCGCAGACGUUGCCAAGGAAACUUCAUGACCGUAAGGAGAAAACCACCGAAAAACCAAGUUCCAACAAAUAUUGGCACCGACUAACGCCCAAUAAACGGUCCAACAGUGCCGUAAAUAUAUCAAACAACGUCACAGCUUCACCAGACGGCAAAAUUAACGGAUACCCACCCGGACCCGCGAAACCGGCACGGACAUAUAAAGCCCUCAAUAGAAGCAAGAGUUUUGCUAUGGGAGCUCCUGAACCGGAGACUCACCCGCGUUACGUAUCUAGCAUGAACCGUAAUUACUCAACUAUGUAUAAGUCAAAUCCCCACCUAAGUCGGCUCGAUGAAACACCGGAACAGCUGAAAAGUCCAGGCAUAGUUUCUAUUAUUAAUAGGAGUCAACGCGAUCUCGCUGAUGCUGUCUCUCGUGAAACGGAGCGUAGACGCGAUGGUUUGUUUGGAGCUAGAUAUGGCAAAACGACGCCAAUAACCAAUGGUCAUACGAAUGGACACAACAAAUCUUUUGAUGAGACAGACAAGAAAAAGUUAUUCUUGAAGGGACUACGUGAACGAGCCCCAGAAUUAUAUCAAACUUUGCACGCGGACGACGAUUCAGACGGAAGCAGAUUAUCGUCCCGAUACGGUACACCUUCACCACAUUAUAAAGAUCGUAUAUCAGAGGAACGGAAAACGACUUUGUACAAGACAGAUUCGCUAAAUAGAGAAAACAGUCCAUUCGUGUCACGGAUAGAUACAAGAUUAAAAUCACCGGCGAUACGGCGCGGUAGCAACAGUAGCGAUAACUUUUCGGAAACUUAUCGGUACACUACGCGUUCAGGUGAUCCUGAACGUCCGAGUGUCACCGAUACAGUUGAAACUGUUAGUAAGAAAGUUGUGCCAUCCAGAGACGGUCGGUCAAAGGAAAUAAUUGAGUCAAGGGAAGUAAACUCUGUGACUAAAAGUAGAGGAUACAAAGGAGAACCGGUACCUAAUGUGAAAUAUAUAGAAAAUGGCUUCCGAUCAUCCCACGGAUAUGAGUCUAAGAAUGGACCUUUGUACCCGGAACGAAGGAGCUACAAAGUGAUUGAAAAAAUAAGAGAUUAUUAG